GGAGGCCGAGAAGGCUGUCGUUGCUUCGGCCGUCGCAUCCCCGAGGGAGUCGUGUUGGCUUGCUCCGGGCCCCCAAGCUCGCCAAUCGCCCCCGAGGCUCGUGUGCGCGCUCCCGACCUCGCCAGCCGUUCGCCGCUCGCCCGCGGACCGUGCCUUCUGCAUCAUGUGCGGUAUAUUUGCUUACUUAAACUACCAUGUUCCUCGCACAAGACGAGAAAUCUUGGAGACCCUAAUCAAAGGCCUUCAGAGACUGGAGUACAGAGGAUAUGAUUCUGCUGGUGUGGGAGUUGAUGGAGGCAAUGACAAGGAUUGGGAAGCCAAUGCCUGCAAGAUACAGCUCAUUAAGAAGAAAGGGAAAGUCAAGGCACUGGAUGAAGAAGUUCAUAAACAACAGGAUAUGGACUUGGAUAUAGAAUUUGAUGUACACCUUGGAAUAGCGCAUACCCGUUGGGCAACACAUGGAGAACCCAAUCCUGUCAAUAGCCAUCCCCAGCGCUCUGAUAAAAAUAAUGAAUUUAUUGUUAUUCACAAUGGCAUUAUCACCAACUACAAAGACUUGAAAAAGUUUUUGGAAAGCAAAGGCUAUGACUUUGAAUCUGAAACAGACACAGAGACAAUUGCCAAGCUUGUUAAGUACAUGUAUGACAAUCGGGAAAGUCAAGACAUCAGUUUUACUACCUUGGUGGAGAGAGUUAUUCAACAAUUGGAAGGUGCUUUUGCACUGGUAUUUAAAAGUGUUCAUUUUCCUGGCCAAGCAGUUGGCACAAGACGAGGUAGCCCUCUUUUGAUUGGUGUACGAAGUGAACAUAAACUCUCUACUGAUCACAUUCCAAUACUCUACAGAACAGGGAAGGACAAGAAGGGAAGCUGCAAUCUCUCUCGCGUGGACAGCACAACUUGCCUUUUCCCUGUUGAAGAAAAGGCAGUGGAAUAUUACUUUGCUUCUGAUGCGAGCGCUGUCAUAGAACAUACCAAUCGUGUCAUCUUUCUCGAAGAUGAUGAUGUUGCAGCAGUGGUGGACGGCCGUCUUUCUAUCCAUCGAAUUAAACGAACUGCAGGAGACCACCCUGGACGAGCUGUGCAGACCCUCCAGAUGGAACUCCAGCAGAUCAUGAAGGGCAACUUCAGUUCAUUUAUGCAGAAGGAAAUUUUUGAGCAGCCAGAGUCCGUUGUGAACACGAUGAGAGGAAGAGUCAACUUUGAUGACUAUACUGUGAAUUUGGGCGGUUUGAAGGAUCACAUUAAGGAGAUCCAGAGGUGUCGGCGUUUGAUUCUCAUUGCCUGUGGGACAAGUUACCAUGCUGGUGUAGCAACACGUCAAGUUCUUGAAGAGCUGACUGAGUUGCCUGUUAUGGUGGAGCUUGCCAGUGAUUUCCUGGAUAGAAACACGCCAGUUUUUCGAGAUGAUGUUUGCUUUUUCAUUAGUCAGUCAGGUGAGACAGCAGACACCCUAAUGGGUCUUCGGUACUGUAAGGAGAGAGGAGCUCUAACUGUGGGGAUCACGAACACUGUGGGCAGCUCCAUAUCGAGGGAGACAGACUGUGGCGUUCACAUUAAUGCCGGGCCCGAGAUUGGUGUGGCCAGCACGAAGGCUUACACCAGCCAGUUUGUAUCCCUUGUCAUGUUUGCCCUCAUGAUGUGUGAUGACAGGAUCUCCAUGCAAGAGAGACGCAAAGAGAUCAUGCUUGGAUUGAAGCGGCUGCCUGAUUUAAUUAAGGAAGUACUGAGCAUGGAUGAUGAAAUUCAGAAACUGGCAACAGAACUUUAUCAUCAGAAGUCAGUCUUGAUAAUGGGACGUGGCUAUCAUUAUGCUACUUGUCUUGAAGGGGCACUGAAAAUCAAAGAAAUCACUUACAUGCACUCUGAAGGCAUCCUUGCUGGUGAAUUGAAACAUGGCCCUCUGGCUUUGGUGGAUAAGUUGAUGCCUGUCAUCAUGAUUAUCAUGAGAGAUCACACUUAUGCCAAGUGUCAGAAUGCUCUUCAGCAGGUGGUUGCCAGGCAGGGACGCCCAGUGGUGAUUUGUGAUAAGGAAGAUACCGAGACCAUUAAGAACACAAACAGAACAAUCAAGGUACCUCACUCGGUGGACUGCUUGCAAGGCAUUCUCAGUGUGAUCCCCUUACAGCUGCUGGCUUUCCACCUUGCUGUGCUGAGAGGCUAUGACGUUGAUUUUCCCCGGAAUCUUGCCAAAUCUGUAACUGUAGAGUAAGGAGCGUCUGCAACUCUGGGCGAUUGAGCAACACAAGACACCUUUUGUAUUUAACACCUUGAUUUAAAAUUCAGCCUUUGAAGCCUUUUUUAGUAAAUCCUUAUUUAUAUAUCGGUUAUAAUUAUUCCACUCAAUUUGUGAUUUUUGUGAAAUUACCUCAUAUUUUUCCAGUAGUUUGUGGGGGAGUUUAAAUAAUGGAAUUUAUAUUGGAAUCGUUACCACAGAGAUUUAGCUCUCAUUUUCUUUAAAGGAUGCUGGGUGUUGGAUUUCUGGGCCCUUCACUUCAGUCUGGGAGAAUUGUGUGUUUUUAGAAUAAUUGGCCUUUGUUUUACCGUGCUUCUAUUCAUUCAGCCCAAAGAAAGUGUAGUACAUUUAAUUUGGAAUAUCUAAAGCCAGUGGCAAUGUCUGCUAAUGGUUGGACAUUUAAUUAAGGUUUUGUUAAGUUUACGUAUAAAGAGAAGAUGGUGUGAUUUGUUUUGAAAUUUGUGUUUUGUUUUUAAAUCAAACUGUAGAACUUAAAAACUGAAAGCUUUUCUUGGUGGGAUUUCUAUGUAAGUUAGGUUAACCUGAGUGUCUCAGACCUGUUGCUUGUUAUCUGGAGGUCGAGUUAAUGUAGGAAGCUCGAGUAUGGUAGUACAUUGGUUUUCUCCACUCUUAACAGCAAGUAUUUGCACAAUUUCAUAGCAGAAACUUUAAAUUUGAGCUGCUUUGGACAACUGACAACAUGAUUUUCUUGUGAAGAUGGGGGACCUCCAGGUGGGGUGUCCUACUCCUAGCUUUUCCAUCUUCUAAAACUGAUUUUUAUUUCCUUGUAUCUGUAGUUUUUUGUUUCAUGUGUUUUUCUUAAUGACUUCUUUGAAAUCACCACACAAAGUUGCUGUCAUAUGUCUGAGAUUAAAUCAGUACUGAUACAUGCAGAAUUCUCUAAUUUUUGUCCCAAGGAAAAAUUUCCUGCAGUGAAUUUUAACUUUUUACUGCCUUUUUGCAUAAAACUAGUACCAUCCUGCCAGUUGGCAGUUCUUUGUAGUAUGGAAGAUUUGCAAGUCUUUUGACUAAUCAUUUGACUGUACAUGCUGAGCUAGGCUUAGAGAAAGCUGAAUGCUUUACACUGAUGCUAGUGAAGGAUUGCAUCGAAUAUAGUAUUAUUUCCUAGGUAUAUUUCUCUAUUGUCUGUGUUCUACCCCUGAAAUAUACUUAGGAAUGAAGAAGAUACAAAUAAGUAAAGUGAUAUCAAGGUGCCUUCAGCUGGUUUACGUCAGAAAUGGAAAUUAACAAUUUAGAUUAAAAUAGAGUAGAAUAUUAGUUUGACAUCCAACAUGUUGUGAGUAGUAAUUUCUUUAUGGGGCUUUUUGGCCAAAUCUUGGGGGUUAUAGGGCAGUGUGUUUGUGUUUUGGUGAAGUCCUCUUUCUAGAGUUUUUGCCUUUAAAUUGUGAAGGUAAGAUAUUUAGCAUAAUUAUUUAGGUAAAUUCAUGUUUUUUCUUUUUUCUGUGUUUGAAUUUCUUGGUGAGGUUAAGAUUUUCUAAUAGCUAUUGCUGCAAGGGGAGCACAGAAUUCUGCUUGUGUAUUAGGGUUAGAAAAAUACUUUGCAUAUUUUGAGGUACUUUGGAAGGACUGUCCUCCUAGGUGGAGACUAGAAACCUGGUUGUUUUUAAAAAUAAGGUUACUAUUGAUAUCAUAUAUAUAUGUAGCUACUGUAGCUAUAUUUAUCCAUUUUAAUUGUUUCUGAGAUUAUUUUGUUUAGGCCUGCUAGUUUUAGUAUGUGUAUAGUGUCAAUUCUUAUGUUAAAUUAGCAUUUUAUGUCUGUGAUUUGUAUGGGUUUGUAGCAUUUCUUAAUGGUCUGAAGUUUGAGUCAGCAUUCUAAGUGAACAAAUACGUGAAAUCAAUCAUUAGUUUUCAAUUUCUCUUUUUCUCUUCCUCUUUGUGUCUCUCUCUCUCUCUCUCU